AUGGACACAAUUGUUCCGAAGGCUCUAAAGAGAGGAGACAAGAUAGCCUUUAUCUCGCCAUCUGCACGCCUCAAUGACAUCCUACCUACUCCCCUCGCACGAGGAAGAGCCUGUCUGGAGUCUCUAGGCUUCCUUGUGCAGAUUAUUUUCUCUAGCCAAGCAACAGCCACAAUCGCAGAAUCUAUCCGCCUUCGAUGCGAGGAGAUCCAUGCCGCAUUCCGUGAUAGUACGAUUGCCGCCAUUGUUUGUACAAUUGGCGGCGCGCAUGCUAAUGAACUGUUACCUUUUCUUGAUUACUCGCUUAUUCGAUCAAAUCCUAAAAUCUUUGUUGGUUACAGUGACACCACCUUCCUGCAUUAUGCAAUCCAAUCUCAGACCGGCUUGCGCACGUUUUACGGACCCAGUAUUCUUACAGAUUUUUCGGAUUUUCCCAAGCCUAUACAAUUCACAAUCGACCACUUCGUCCAUGUACUGACUAAUAAUACGGGAAUGCCAGUGGGUCCACUUCCUCGGUCUCCUAUAUGCUCGAAUGAUCAUAGCGACUUCUUUUUUGGCAAAACGAUAGAUGAAAGUCAGCGCGAAUUCAUAGAUUCACCGUCGUGGAGAUGGCUUCGGAGAGGUCGAGCCACUGGAUAUCUAUAUGGGGGCACUGUGACCUGCGUUGUGCGUCUUCAGGGAACUCACUACGCCCCUGCCUCGUGGAAAGAUAAGAUUCUCUUUCUUGAGUCUGCGAUGGGUGAUAACAUGCAACUGCCGUAUUCUGUAUCCCAGUUUCGGAAUAACCUUGUUGAUCUUGCUCUGUCUGGCAUAUUGCAUGAAGUCCGCGGACUGGUCAUUGGGCGCGGAUACAAAUAUGAUACUCAUAUGCAAGAUGAGCUUGCAAGUGUGAUUGAGGAAGUCUUUGAUAUAAUUGUUGGUCGCAGUCAUGAGGAGCAGCUGCCGAUUUUGAUGAAUGUUGACUUUGGCCAUACGAGCCCGUUCCUGACUCUGCCCAUCAACACCCUCGUUAGAUUAGACUGCGAUCUCGAUGAGUUUAGUGUUCUGGAACCUGGGGUGCGGGCCUGA